AUGGAUCUUUCUAGAAUCAACCGUGCCUUCCUCGUCCUCCUCCCCAAAGUUGAGGGGGCCAACCACCCCUCCCAGUUUUGCCCCAUCUCGCUUCAGAACUGUAUUAUGAAGGGCAUCACUAAGGCUCUCACUACGAGGCUUCAGUCGGCGGUCCAAUCUCUCGUCGACGCGGACCAAACUGGUUUCCUGUCGGGGCGUCGCAUCUCAGAAAAUAUUGUUUACGCGGCGGAUCCUCUUCGCUGCUGCCACAACCGUAAAGAGCCCACUCUGGUUUUUAAAAUCGAUUUCCGUAAGGCCUUCGACUCGGUCAACUGGGACAGCCUCCUCAUCAUUCUGCGUGCUCGUGGUUUCGAUGAGCGCUGGUGCCUCUGGAUGGAAAAGAUCCUCCGCACGGGCCUUACGGCUGUCCUGUUAAAUGGGGUCCCCGGGGACUGGAUCCCCUGCCGCAAUGGGCUGCGCCAACGCGACCCCCUCUCUCCGUACCUCUUUAUCAUCGUUGCCGACGUCCUCCCGAGGCUUAUCCACUUGGCCUGGUCUGAAGGUGACCUCGCCCACCCCCUCUCCCCCGACACACCGUGCCCCGUCCUCCAAUAUGCUGAUGAUACUCUCAUCCUCUGCAAGGCUACCCCCGCUGCGGCCGCCACCCUCAAACGCGUCAUGGACGACUUUGCCUCUGCCACGGGCCUCGCCAUCAACUUCGACAAAUCCUGCUUCAUCCCCAUGUUCGUUUCUUCGGAGGAUGCGGCUAACAUGGCUGCAACCCUUGGGUGCCCCAUCUCGACUUUCCCCCAGCCGUACCUCGGGCUCCCCUUGGACGGCCGCGCCUCGUCCUUUUGGCUGGGCAAAUGGACGCCGGGUCCUACCCUGGCUACCCGCUUCCCCGCCAUCUUCUCCCACCGUACCCGCCAUCAUGCCACGGUGGCCGCGGUGGUUGAGGGCGGGAUCGACCUCCAGCCCCGCCUCUCCACCGCCGCAGCUAGCGAGCACCUGGAGGUCCAGCGUCUGGUCGCCGAUAUCUCCCUCCAGGCCGGCGCCGACAGACGCGUCAUCGACACCGAGCGGGGAGCCAGUUUUCGUUCCCGGGAGGCUUACCGUAUGAUGUCGCCUCUGCGCCCCCCUGAUGCCUCCUCUGGUGUGGCUUGGUCCCUCCGACUCCCCUCCAAGCUGAAGAUCUUCUCCUACCUCGCCGACAUCGACCGCCUGAGCACGCGGGCGAACCUCUUCCGCAAGAGCUGCGCCCCCUCUGAGACUUGUGCUGCUUGCGACUCCGUGGAGACUAGUCGCCAUCUCUUCUUCGAGUGUGCCACUGCCAGCCACGUGUGGGCUCGCCUUGACGUCCACGUCCCUGCUGGGUGGUUCUCCAUUUGGGACCUCCCUGCCCCCCUUGAGGUUGCCCCGUCUACUUGGCGCUUCGGCGUCACGGCCGUCAUGUGGUCCAUUUGGAAGACCCGCAACGACCUUGUGUUCAACGGCAACACCACCUCCCCCAGUUUCACCAUCAGACGCGCAUGUGACGAUAUUGCGCUUUGGAGAUGGCGUGUCCCGUACCCCGACAGGACCGACGUCGAUCUCCUUCGUUCUUACAUGAUUUCGAGAUGUGCUUGA